UUACUCCCCCCGCCGCUGCUGAUCUAAUGGUUCAGUCCAAACAGCCGCCCCGCGUCCAUAGUUACACAGGAACGCUGAGGAGGAGACCAGCCUGAGCUCAGAUCCGGUUAUAAUGGCUGGAACUUCGCGGCAUGACCGGCAGAUGGCGAUAGACGCUAAGAAGCGGCUCUCCGAGGCCACGGACCCGGUGGAGCGGCUGCGGCUGCAGUGCCUGGCCCGGGGCUCCGCCGGGAUUAAAGGCCUGGGGAGAGUCUUUCGGAUCAUGGAUGAUGACAACAGCCGCAAUCUGGAACUGAAAGAGUUCAUGAAGGGCCUGAAUGACUACGGCAUCAUGAUGGAGAAAGAUGAGGCCAUGGAACUCUUUAGGACCUUUGAUAAGGAUGGCAGUGGACAGAUUGAUUUUGACGAGUUCCUCAUCACUCUCAGGCCCCCCAUGUCCAAUGCGAGGAAGGAGGUGAUAAUGCAGGCGUUUAGAAAGCUGGAUAAGACUGGUGAUGGUGUAAUCACAGUGGAAGAUCUGAGAGGAGUGUACAAUGUUAAAAAUCACCCCAAAUAUCAGAAUGGGGAAUGGACAGAAGAUCAGAUUUUCCGCAAAUUUCUGGACAGCUUUGACUCUGAUGACAAGGAUGGAAAGGUCACAAAAGAAGAAUUUGUCAACUACUACAGUGGAGUCAGUGCUUCCAUCGACAGCGAUGUGUAUUUUAUUCUCAUGAUGAAGACAGCAUGGAAACUUUGAGUGGCUCAUUCUAUUAAUUCUAUUAAAUGUUUUAAUAAUUAUUUCUUUUAAAUUAGAUAAAAUUGCUAAUUAUUUACUUAAUUUAUGUACAUUUUCUAUUUUUUGUUAUUACAAUACUGUAAUAAUAAAGUUCCUCACAGUCAUAAAAUGCUUAAAUGCCUUAAAAAAUUAUUUCUCAGCAGUGUUUUUACAAAAAUCCAUAAAAAUGAACUUGAUAUUAGAUGGUAGUUGUAAAUACAGGAUUUUUGUGACAAAGCUUUAGAAUUGGUUUAGUUAACACAUUUAUACAUAUCAAAUCACAAUGUUUAUAUAAAUUUAUUAUUACAAAUUUAUAUGUAUUUACUGUAAAAUGAUCUAUUUUUUUUAUAAUUAUUACUGAUACUAUUACUAAAAGAUUGGGCACACUUUGUCAAAAGCUCUGUUACAGCAUGUAGAUAUACAUAGCAAGUAAAGUAAAACAGCACAUUUUUUUUUUACUUUGAUAUCACAUACAGAUACUGCUGUGUAUAUAUAACUUAUUAUUUCAACAUAACAAGAAAAAAGGACAAAAGACCCAAAGCAGAAGUUCAAAGCUUUUAAUCACAACUUGUUUUGAAACCAGCAAAAUGUUUUAAAUUGUUGUUUGGGGGUUUUCUUUCUCUGUGAUAUUUAUGUUGGGGUGGCUAUUAGGGCCUUUUUGAUGUGAAUCAUUAGCUAAAUAUCAUUAGCUUUAUCGUAUAUGUUAUCUUGUCAUCCUAUUUUAAUGGUCAGUAGUGUCAUGUUUAUUUCGGAUUUGCUGUUAUUUAUUUAUAGCCAUUCUUCCCUCUUUCAGUGAAUUGUUUCCUGUGCCACUGGCUGCAACACAAACUGGAAGCAUGAGCAAUUCACCUCUCUGCUUAACAGUUGGAAAUGUGAUCUUUUUGUGAAAUAAUGCAAAAUAUACAGUACCUGUCAAAUGUGUGGACUCACCUCUUCUCAUUUAACAGGUUUUCUUUCUUUCUAUGAUUUUUUUUGCAUUGUAAAAUUAAUAUUAAAACAUUAACCCUUUAAUGUGUAACAUGUGAACACCACCUCUAAUGGCCAAUAUGGGUCAAAAAUCUGGCCCGCAUUAAUUUCCCAGGUUAUUUCAUGCUUGCUGAGUUUUCCUUGUUCUAUCUUUUAAAAUCAAUGUAUUUUAUGAUUAAAUAUUCCAAGUACUCUUUAAA